UAACUAAAGGUAACAGGUUGCAGUCCCGGACCGACAGCGUAAUGAACUUGUUGCUGCGGUAAUUUGCGUAGCAACUAUUUUUCCACCCACUUUCCGCGUUGGACAUUGAUGGAUGUCUUUGAAGAUAUUUGAAUUAUUGUCGGCACGCGGCAGGCGAAGAGUUACAGAGGGAUAAGUUCAGAGAAAGAGCAUGAGCACGUAUUCUUCACGUCAGAGGACCAUUGCGGACAAUGGUGUUCAAGUCCGCGUCAUCAAUGAUCUCCACGAUUAUGGUGGAGGCCAGCCCGGUCCCCAUCCAAGAGCCAGGAACCCCUCCAAAUACGGUGUCGCAGUCAGGGUGCAGGGUAUCGCUGGCCAGCCAUACGUGGUCCUGAAGGAUGGAGAGAAGGGAGAUUCAUAUGGGGUCCAGCUCAAGACCCCGUACCCCUAUGGCUACAACAGCCUUCCCCGGAAGAACGAACAAGCGGAGCCAGGAAUGCAGGGGCCAGAUGUAGGAGGGGGGCAAGGAGGGGCAUUACGUCGGGCUCAGUCCCACGGAUCGCUCCUAGACAGGGAUGACAAUGACUUUCCAAACGAUAGGAAGGCUGGUAGUUAUUCGAAUCUGGAUGAAGAAUUUGAAGGAAGGGGAGACAGAGAGCAGGCGUGGUAUGGCAGUGAGAGAGAGGGGGGCGUUAACAGGAAUAUGUGGGAUGGUUCAUAUCAGGCAGGGCACAGCAGAUCACAGGAAGCACUGAGGGACGGCCGGUUAUACGCUGACCCACCUCAACAAACAAAUGAGAGACAGACCCCUGUGAACAGACUCAUAAACAGGUUUGGUGGCGUUAACACUAGAGGCCCGCAGAGAGGUCCCCCACCUGCACAAGAUCCCAGAUCUUCUUUCGUCACCCCCAACCCCUACACCUCAUCUCCACCAAACCAGAGCAGCUCGGGACACAGCCAGGGACCUGUCCCUAAAGGUCCUGGAUACGCGCCGAAUCAGUGGAGUUCAGUGGACUCACAAGUGACACCUGACCUUUUGCUGGACCAGGGUCAGAGUGCAGAGAUGAGCAGUGAAGAGGAGCAGGCCAUGAAGACUAUAUACAACAUCCUCAGACAAGGGAGUAAUGAGAAUGAUGCUGUCAUCAAGCACAAAGUCAAGAUCAUCCUUCAGAACCUUCAGAGCCUAAAGUCCAAAGAAAGCCCAAGGGAUGACUGGACGAAAGAAAAGAGAGCGCUCGAGACAAAGAUUGCUAAUCUACAAAUUGCCCUUCAGGAAGAAAGGAGGGGCUCUGUUAGCAAUUCUGAUCCCGUCCUGAAAGCUGAGCUGGAGUCCUGUCUGGAUGAAAAUCUGCAACUCCAGGAGAUGCUGGACCGGAAGAAAAAGGAAUUAAGUGACACACAAUCAGAGCUGACUCAGCUGCGUAUGGACAGGGAGAAUGCAGAGACACGAGUGAGAGACAUGGAGGACCAGCUGGCUGGGCUACAAGAUGAACUGAGGAGAGAGAAUGGCAGCAAGACGGACCUGAUGUCUUGUCAAGGACAGCUGAUGGAGGUGUGUCAGCUGAAACAGAAGCUGGAGGAAAACCUACGGCAGAGAGAGAGGGAGCUCACGGCUCUGAAAGGCGCUCUGAAGGAAGAGGUGGCGACGCACGACAAAGAGGUGGAAGUGCUCCGGGAGCAGUACAGGGCUGACAUGGAGAAGCUCCGCAGCAGCAUGGACCAGGUGUCUCAGUCUCAUGCUGGGAUCGAGGCAGAACGGUUGCGUGUGAACGCGUCGGUUCGCACCCUGCAGCAGCAGCUGGAAGACUGUAGAGACGAGAGCAGCCACUGGAUGGAGCAGUUUCACGCCACCAGGGACGAGCUUCGAACAACAAAACAAGACGAGCCACCGAGCAACCCUGAAACACAACUUCUGCAAACCCGUCUGGAGAAAGAGGAGUUUGAGGAGGAACUAAAAGAGCUCCAGGAGAAGGUGACAACCAUGAAAAAACAGAUACCAGACCCUCAACAGGCACAGAGUGCCAACCAGGAGCUCCAGCGAUGCAAUGCUGAUCUGCAGAAGACCAAGUCUGAUCUGGAGAAGCAGAGGACGGAGUUUGAUAAAAAGGUCAUGGAAGUCAUCGCCAUGAAAAAAGCUCACCAGAACCAGGAGGCUGAAAUGAAGUAUGAAAUUGACAGACUAAAGGACCAACUCCAGAAGGCCAAAGAGGACUUUGCCAAGGCACAGGAGAAAAAUAAACAGCUUCCAGACCCAGCUGCCAUGGCAGAGCUGCAGCAGAAGCUUGACGGGGCGCAGAGUGAAGCUAGCCAGCUCAAAGAGAAACUCUCAGCAGCUCAGGAGGAACUUGAGAACAGUAAAACACGUCUGAGCAGAGCUCAGACGGAUAUUAACUCACUUGAAGAAGCCCAGCAGGAGCAGAAGGACGCCAACGCUCGACUUAAAGACAAACUUUCCAGACUAGAGGCUCAGCUGCAGAGCAAUGCUACAGAGAGCUCAGAGGCAGAGCUCGCCCUCCACACUGAGGUGAGAGGUCUGCGAUCUGAACUAGAUGAGGCCAAGAGAAAAGCUUCCAGACUAAGCCAGGAGCAUCGUGAACUCAGCCUGCGCCUGGAGGAUACAGAAAAGGACAAGGAGUCGCUCAAACAGACCGUCAGCCAGCUGGAAGAGGCCAAACGACAGCAGGAGAAAGCGCUGGAGAAGCUCAACAAAGAACAUGAGUCUCUCACCGCGUCCUCAAAAGAGGAAAGUCAGGCUCUCAAGGCUCAGCUGGAGGAACAGAGAGACAGAGCACGCAAGGAAAUGCAAGAGGUGCAACGUCAAGGAAAUGAUGCUCAGUCUGAGCUGGAAAGAAGCCGUGCAAAUCUAAGGAGGCUGGAGGAAGAGGUGGCACGACAGAAGAAGGAGCUUCUGCUUGUGUCUGAGGAGAGAGACAACCACCAGCUGGAUAAAGAGCUUCUCACCAACAGACUGCGCCACCUUGAGGGCGAGAUUGAGACCAGCAAAAACAGCCAAAAUGAGAAAACCCGGGAGGUUCGUCUCUUAGAGGACAAGCUGAAACGAGUGGAGAUGGAGCUGGACGAGGAGAAGGGCAGCGUGGAGAUGCUGACAGACCGAGUCGCCAGGAGCAGAGACCAGAUCGAUCAGCUCCGCUCUGAGCUCAUGCAGGAGAGAUCGUCCAAACAGGACCUGGAGCUGGACAAGAACGCCAUGGAGAGACAUCUGAAAGAGCUGAGAAGCCGCGUGGCCGACAUGGAGGGCCAGUCCCGCUCCUCAGCUGGAGUCUCUCAGCUGGAAAACAAGAUCCAGGAGUUGGAAGAACGACUGCGCAGUGAAGAAAGAGAGAAGAACUCGAUGCUGGGAUCCCAGCGUCGCCUGGAGAGGAAACUAAAAGAUCUCAGCAUGACGCUGGAUGAGGAGAGACACACUCACACUGAGCAGAAGGACCAGCUUUCUCUGAGAGUGAAGGCUCUGAAGAGGCAGGUGGAUGAAGGAGAGACGGAGCUGGAGAGGAUAGAUGCACUGAGGAGAAAAGCUCAGAGAGACGCGGAGGAACAGAUGGAGCUCAAAGACGCAUUACAGGCCAGAGUCACAGCUCUGGAAACUGAGCUAAAGAGGAAAACUCAGCGCCCAGUUUUGGAUUCGGCCCUCAGUUCAGACGACGACGACAGCCUGUACGACUCCUCCACCAUCACCUCCAUCCUCACCGAGAGCAACCUCCAGACCAGCUCGUGUUAAAGCAGCACGUCAGGAGCAGGACAUGGGUGGGAAAAUAUAACACUGCCAAGACCGAAGGGAAGCACAGACUAGUAGUGGGUGGGAGGAAAGCCAAAAGGCAGAAUGGUGUGCACUACAGACAAGGGUGGGGUACGGGGACCAGAGUGGUUAACGAUAUAUUGUAAAGGUCACUUAGAGAAUGGUUUUGCACACCAGAGUGAAUGGAAGGAAACAAAACAUCCUCAGCAUUUCAGGGAAUUUCCUUCAGUCCAUACAGAUGUUCAGCUUCAUUUCAUGCACAUGGUGCAGCUCCCAUCAUAGAGCAUUACACAAGGUACUCUUAUAACAUAGACAUAAUAUACCUCUUGAGUCAUUGGUACAAAUUCUGACCAUUUCAGGGGCGAGACCCUCGGCCAAGCACUUAACAUUAGCAACACUGGCUCUGUCCUCACUAUUCCUCGUCAUUUCAUGUGUGAACAGUUUACACGUCGUCACCUGACUGAAGAAAACUGCUGAAAACCAAAUGGUGACACUGAGCCGAUAAUGACAGCCACAAGGCCCUCGGAACAAUAUUACACUUAGUUCUUAUGCUAAAUAUAUACUGUAGGUGGUUCUUACUGAGUAAAAGCUGUUCUUUGUUCACUGCAAACACAGUAAAUAUUCUUUGUGUAUAUUUUUAGCUGUGGAAUUGUAUGUGUCCUAUUCCUGGAGCUAGUUUGAGAUACGAGUUUACUCCCGUCCUGUUUAAAAAAAGAAAAAGAAAAAAAAAGAAAAGAAAAAUCACAAAAUGACAAAUACACUUCACAUGAAGUGUAUUUGUUGAAGCUGCACAUUUUCUAUGCCUUCCCUCUUAUGAACACUGUCAUUUAAUAACAAAGCCUUAAAACUUAAUAACUUAAUUAAUUGAUUAAUUAAGUAAAAAUACUAUUAAUUAAAAUGUUUAAUUGUAUUUAACAUUUGUAGACUUACGUGGAGCUGAUUGUGUAAACAGUAUGAACACUCAGAUGAAGUUAAAAUUUGUUUUACAUUUUCAGAAAUGUAAAAAUUGUCCUUGUCGUACUCAUGGUACUGAAAAAGAUUGUUUCCUUGUGAUGAAUUUAAAGAUAAUCGUUGACCGGAAUAAUUUCACACAUGCUGUACCUGAACAAAUAGAUCUUUUUUUUUUUCUAUUACAUGAUUUAGCAAAAAUAAAUCUAUGGAAUUUAUUGAUAA